AGUCUGCUCCGCCAUUCAGUCACGGCUGAUCUAUCAUUUGCUCUCCACACCAUUCUCCUGCCAUCUCCCCAUAAUCUUUGACAACUUUACUCAUUAAUCUCUACUUUAUAAAUACCCAAUGAAUUGGCCUCCACCAACAUCCAGAUUUUAGUUUAGAAAUGCAGCGUGGAAACAGGCCCUUCGGUCCAUCAAGUUCAAGCCAACCAGCAAUGCCCAUAUACUAGCACUAUCUUACACACUAGGGACAAUUUACAAUUUUAUUUACCGAAGCCAAAUAUCCUACAAACCUGUACGUUUGUGGAGUGUGGGAGGAAACCAGAGAACCCGUGGAAAACCCACACGGUCACGGGGAGAACGUGCAAACUCCAUACAGACAGCAUCCGUGCUCAGGAUUGAACCCUGGUCUCUGGCGCUCUGAGGCAGCAACUCUACCGCUGCGCCACCGUGCCGAUUUCCACAGAUUCACCACCCAUCAGUAUUGUAUUGUAUUGUAUUGUCCAUUUAGAGUCAUAGAAUGAUACAGUGUGGAAACAGGCCCUUCGGCCCAACUUGCCCACACCGGCCCAGCAACAGUAGUCCCACCUGCCUGCGCUUGGUCCAUAUCCCUCCAAACCUGUCCUAUCCAUGUACCUGUCUAACUGUUUCUCAAUCGCUGGGAUGGUCCCUGCCUCAACCACCUCCUCUGGCAGCUUGCUCCAUACACCCACCACCAGUGGCGGACUGGCCAGGGUGUCAACUGUUUGUGUGCAAGACAUGGAGCUCCGCGGCCAAUCCAAACCCACCUUGUGGGUCUAGUGUAGACGGGGCAAGUUGAGCUGAAAGGACCGUGUCCAUGCUGCAGCAAGACUCCACGACUCCUGGCCGCUGGGAUCUCACUGUGCCUUGCUGUCACGGCCAUCACUCAAUGGAAGGCUCUGCCCAUUAUGCCGAUCCGGUUGGAGCAGAGACAUUGUGGGGGGUGUUGGUAACACAGCGGGGGACGGACUGCGAUUGGUCGGUGCAUUCGGAUCUUGCGUUGGGAGACUGUUCCUUAUAACGGGACAUGAGGCAGCGUGAGGGGCGGCUGUAGUUUAACCCAGGGAGGCGAGCUUCAUGUUGCAAACGGCGCUGUGGUGCCAGCCCGGAGCACGCCGCGAUGCUGCCUCUCCUGCUCGCUGUCCUCUCGCUCCUCCAGCCCGGACACUCGCUCAGCCCCGAGCCCAUCUUCACCGCUGUCACACACUCGCUCCUUCCUCCUGACUACGACAACAACCCCAUCCAGCUCAAUUACGGCGUGGCGGUGACUGAUGUGGACAGCGAUGGCGAUCUGGAGAUAGUGGUGGCCGGGUUCAAUGGCCCCAACCUGGUGCUGAAAUACAACAAGGUCAAGAAGAGGCUCCAGAACAUCGCGGUGGAUGAGCGCAGCUCCCCAUACUACUCUCUCCGCGAUCGCCAGGGCAACGCCAUCGGCGUGGCGGCCUGUGACAUCGACGGCGACGGAAGGGAGGAAAUAUACUUCCUCAACACGAACAACGCCUUCGCAGGUGUGGCCACCUACACCGACAAACUCUUCAAGUUGCGCAAUGGCCGGUGGGAAGACAUCUUGAGUGAUGACAUCAACGUCAACAGACAAGUGGCCAAUCAUUUCGCUGGGCGGUCCGUGGCAUGUGUGGAUCGGAAGGGCUCUGGGAAGUAUUCCGUCUACGUGGCCAACUACGCGAGCGGGAACAUCGGCCCUCACGCGCUCAUCGAGAUGGAUGAGGAGAGCAGCAACGUAUCGAUGGGCAUCAUCGCCCUCUCCAACGUGGCGGCAGAGGCCGGAGUCAACAAGUACACAGGUGGCCGGGGCGUUGCUGUGGGCCCCAUCGUGAGCUCCCACAACUCCGACAUCUUCUGCGACAACGAGAACGGACCCAACUUCCUGUUCAGGAACAAUGGAGACGGCAGCUUCACUGACAUAGCGGCAGAGACCGGGAUUGACGAUCCUCAGCAGCACGGCCGUGGGCUGGCGUUGGCGGACUUUAACCGGGACGGGAAGGUGGACAUUGUCUACGGCAACUGGCUGGGACCGCACCGCUUUUACCUGCAGGCCAGCCUCAACGGAAAGGUCCGCUUUAGGAACAUCGCCACGCCGGCCUUUGCAUUGCCCUCGCCCGUGCGGACGGUGAUAGCCGCCGACUUUGACAACGACCAGGAACUCGAGGUGUUCUUCAACAACAUCGCCUACCGAGGCUCCUCAUCCAAUCGCAUCUUCAGAGUGUCUCAGCGGGAAGGAGCAGAUCCGUUGAUCGAGGAAGUCAACGUGGGAGAUGCAGCGGAGCCGAGCGGACAAGGGACGGGUGCGGUGGCGACAGACUUCGACGGAGACGGGAAGCUGGAUCUGAUCAUCGCUCACGGAGAGUCCAGGGCACAGCCUCUCUCCGUCUACAGAGUAACGCAGGGCUCGGGGAACAGCUGGCUGCGGGUGAUCCCACGCACCAGCUUUGGGGCGUUUGCCCGAGGGGCAAAGGUGGUGAUGUACACCAGGGCGAGUGGAUCUCACCUACGCAUCAUCGACGGUGGCUCGGGGUACCUGUGCGAGAUGGAACCCGUCGCCCACUUCGGGCUGGGGAAGGACGUGGCAACUCACCUGGAGGUGACCUGGCCAGGGGGCAGCUUCUCCUCCAGACCCGUCACCCUCACCGAGCUCAACUCCACCAUCGAAGUGCCCUUCCCACAAGAGGGAGUGCAAGCUGGCAGCCAGGACAUCGAGUGCGGGCGAGGAUUCACAGUUGACGGAAGCCGACGAUGUACAGAUGAGGACGAGUGUGCCCGUUUCCCACGGCCUUGCCCCAGCAACAGGCCCACAUGCAUCAACACCUUCGGGGGCUACAGGUGUCUCCCCAACAGGAGGUGCAGUCGGGGCUACGAGCCCAACGAGGAUGGGACGGCCUGUGUGGCCCAAGUUGCGUACUUUGGAGGAGGGUUGUCGUCAUCCGUGCAUCUCGCUUGCCCUCUCUACCCGCCCGUUAUGCUGCUGUCUAGCCUGGUCUGCUGGCUCCGUGCCUGAACUCCUCUCCUGCCCCCCAACCACCUGACACUCGGAUCCCUCUGUCUUCCACUGCCUGAGCUGUCAAAGGUUUGAACUGAACUGAAAGCAACAAAUCAAAAAAGAAAACCCACAGCAAACGUUCUCUCUGUUGGCUGGCGGCCUCUCGCUGGGUCGGUGCAGACACACUCCGGAUGAAACGGCCGACCGAGGAGCCCACAAUGGUCCAUCGAGCGAGGGGUCUGUCUCCCCGCACAGCCCGGCCCACCGUGGUCAGCUACAAGCCCACGUUGUGUGACACCAGAGGCGAUAAGCGCAAAGGCCAGUCAGUGAGGAGCAGAGGAACCUUCACACACAUACUCCUGAUGCGCACCUAACAUGCACACACACACAUCCGUGUACGCACACAUUUAUACAUGCUUGGACACACACAUGCAUACACAAACAUACACACACAAGGGCACUACAUACACACACAUGCACGCAUAUACAUACAUACACACAUUUAUGCCUACCCACAUGUACAUACACACACAUAUUCACGCACGCAUUCACUCCCAUAUUCACACACACUUUAUCUCUACACUAAGCUUAAUAAAGGUAUAUUGGGUGGGAUAGAUGUGACCGGCGUUGGUUUGCUGUCGGGACAAGGUGUGGCGGAGAGCCGUACGUGACGAGGUCUGGUCCCCUGCGUCGCUGUAUCCGGGACCGGGCAUCGAAAGCGGCCACUGUCCCCAAACCCUGUCCGAUGGUGUUCCUCAGCCCUGUGGCUGCAGAGCAGUCUGGGCUGGAGCUGUCCCUGGUACUGAAAGACCCCGUCUCUCGGCACUAAGGCCAGGAGGAGCAUCGCAGGGAGUCUCGGACACAUCUGCCGACAGAUGCAUCGCGAGGUCGUCGGCUAAUGCACGGGUGGCAUCAUUGAUGGUGGACGUGUCGUACAACAAAGUGGGUGUCACCCCCCCCCCAUCCCACCCUCGCCCCCAGGACACCACAGGGUGGGGGCCAACACAAGCACCUCUCCAGCAUUCCCCACCCCACCAGUCAUCACGACCUCAGAUGCCCUCAACUCCGCUUCUGUGCCUGAUCCCCCUCAACCUCAAUCUCCCCGAUAUUUAUCACGAGAGAGUCAAGAGUGUUUAUCGGCAAAUGGCCCAAAACAGAACAAAGAACUUCUUACUUGUAGCAGAACAACAGGUGUGUCAACAUAGAACUCUGUAAAACCCCAGGAUAAACAACAACAAAAAGUUCAGAAUAUAUAUAAAAACAAAAAUAGUGCAAACAAUAGAUGAAAACAAUGCCCCCAAGUCUAUAUUGUUCGCACCCUAUUUGGAGAUUGCGGUGUUUAAUAACGUGAUGGUGAUAGGGAAGAAGCUGCUUCGGAACCUGGACAUUACACUUUAUGGGCUCCUGUACCUUCUCCCCGAUGGCAGGAGUGAAACAAAGUAUAGCCAUUCAUCCAUCUUAUUCAUUCAUCCACCCAUCUAUCUAUUCAUUUAUUUAUUUAUUUAUUUAUCUGUCUGAUUGUUUGUUUAUUUAUCUACCUGUCGGCCUGGCCGUUCAUUCAUUUAUUUAUUUAUCAGUAUUUUUAUUUAUGUAUUCGUUCCUUUAUUCAUUCAUUAAUCUAUUUAUUUAUUUACUUCUCUAUCUGUCUAUCCAUUGGUUUAUUUACCUAUGUAUUUAUUUAUCUUUUCAUUUCUUUCUUUCUAUCUAUCUUUCAUCUAUUUACAUAUCGACGGGUGCUGUGUGUAUGGAGUUUGUAUGUUCUCUCUGUGACUGCGUGGGUUUCCUCUCACACUCCAAAGAUGUACUGGUUUGCAGGUUAACUGGUUUCAGUAAAAUUGUAAAUUGUCCCCAGCGUGUAGGAUAGUGCCAGUGUAUGGGGUGAUGGCUGGUUGGCACAGACCCGGUGGGCCGAAGGGCCUGCUUCAGCUCUAUAUCUCUAAAGUCUAUAGGUCAGAUAUACAAGAGCUGAGGCCACAUCUGGAGUAAUGUGUUCAGAUUUGGGGUCCAGGAGUGAGGUCUCCUUGAGGGAAAAGAUUUAAUAGGAGCCCGAGGGAAAACACUUUCACACAGAGAGUGGUGGGUUUAUGGAACAAGCUACCAGAGGAGGUAGUUGAGGCAGAUACCAUCACAAUAGUUAAGACAUUUGGACGGGUACAUGGAUAGGAAAGGUAUAGAGGGAUAUGGGCCAAAUGCGGACAGGUGGGACUCGUGUAGAUAGGGCAUCGUGGUCGGCAUGAAGGAGUUGGGCCGAAGGGCCUGUUUCCGUGCUGUAUGACUCUCAUAUCUCUGGCUGGCUGCCUCACGAUGUCCAUCCCCUCACAGCCCUUCCCCACACCCUUUGUCCCCCCCUCCCUUUUCCCUGCACCUCUUCUCCCAUUGUCUCACCACCACUUUGAUCACUCACCUACUCCCGUCCACCCCCACCCACCCUAUCCAUUGUCUGCCCUGCACCCCCGUCCCCUACACCCUUUGUCACCUCCAUACCUCGUCUCCUGGACACACCUGU